ACAAGGACUGACUGCCUUGCAAGCCAGCCAUGGGUCAGGAUUAUUACUCUGUGCUUCAGAUCACUCGCAAUUCAGAGGAUGCCCAGAUCAAGAAGGCGUACCGGAAACUGGCCCUUAAGAACCACCCGCUGAAGUCCAGUGAGCCAUCCUCAGCGGAGACAUUCAGGCAAAUAGCAGAGGCCUAUGAUGUGCUGAGCGACCCUGUGAAGAGAGGCAUCUAUGACAAGUUUGGAGAGGAGGGCCUAAAGGGCGGGAUUCCUCUGGAGUUUGGAUCCCAGACCCCAUGGACCACUGGUUACGUCUUCCACGGCAACCCUGAUAAGGUUUUCCAUGAGUUCUUCGGAGGAGACAACCCCUUUGGUGAGUUUUUUGAUGUAGAAGGAAGUGAGGCAGAUUUGAACUUUGGGGGUCUCCGAGGCCGAGGGGUCAAGAAACAGGACCCCCCAAUCGAACGAGACCUCUACCUAUCUCUGGAGGACUUAUUCUUUGGCUGCACCAAGAAAAUUAAGAUCUCCCGAAGGGUACUGAACGAGGAUGGGUACUCCUCUACCAUCAAGGACAAGAUUCUCACAAUUGAUGUGAAACCUGGUUGGAGGCAGGGCACACGGAUCACCUUUGAGAAGGAAGGGGACCAGGGCCCCAACAUUAUCCCAGCCGACAUCAUCUUCAUUGUAAAGGAGAAGCUACACACUCGCUUCCGCAGGGAGAACGACAACCUCCUUUUUGUGAAUCCCAUUCCCUUGGGCAAGGCUCUGACCUGCUGCACCGUGGAGGUGAAGACCUUGGAUGAUCGUCUGCUCAACAUCCCCAUCAAUGACAUUAUCCAUCCCAAGUACUUCAAGAAGGUGCCAGGUGAGGGGAUGCCACUGCCUGAGGACCCCACUAAGAAAGGGGAUCUCUUCAUCUUCUUCGACAUCCAGUUCCCCACCCGCCUCACACCCCAAAAGAAGCAGAUGCUGCGCCAGGCAUUGCUGACAUAACUCUGGUGAGCUGAGGGCUGGAGCAGAGGAGGGGAGGAGAAGGCCAGCUGGGCCUUAUCCCAUUCCUGUCCCAGGAUGUGCAGGUGAGCCAGCCCACUGCACAGAUGUGACAUGAGGAUGGGACAGCCUGGGGUUUUUAAACUGACACAAUAAAGAUUUCCUAUCUUCCUA